AUGGCGCGCGGCCCUGCGCCUCGGCUGCUGCUGCUGCUGCUGCUUCUGGCGCCACACGCCGCGCUCCCGGCCGCGUUCACUGUCGGGGUGCUGGGCCCCUGGGCGUGCGACCCCCUCUUCGCCCGCGCCCGACCGGACCUGGCGGCCCACUUGGCAGCCUCUCGUCUGAACCGCGAUUCCGAUCGCGCCGGGGGCCCCCGAUUCGAGAUCGCGCUGCUGUCCGAGCCCUGCCGGACUGCCGGCUCGCUGGGGGCGCUGGCGGGGGCGCUGGGCCGCGUGUCGGCGCUCGUGGGCCCGGUGAACCCCGCAGCCUGCCGGCCCGCCGAGCUCCUGGCCCAGGAGGCGGGGGUGGUGCUGGUGCCCUGGGGCUGCCCCGGGACGCAGGCUUCGGGCACCACGGCCCCCGCUCUGACCCCCGCGGCCGACGCCCUCUACGCCCUCCUGCGCGCGUUUCGCUGGGCACACGUGGCCCUGGUCACUGCCCCCCAUGACCUCUGGGUCGAGGCAGGACGAGCGCUGGCCGUAGCACUAAGGGCUCGGGGCUUGCCCGUCACUCUGGUGAUCGCCAUGGAGUCUUCGGACCUGACGGGUGCCCAGGAGGCCCUGAGGAGGAUCCGGGGCCGCCCCAGCAUCCGAGUGGUGAUCAUGGUGAUGCACUCGGUGUUGCUGGGCGGAGAGGAGCAGCGCAGCCUGCUGGAAGCCGCGGAGGAGCUGGGCUUGGCCGACGGCUCCCUGGUCUUCCUGCCCUUCGACACGAUCCACUACGCCUUGUCACCCGGCCCAGACGCUUUGGCCGCGCUCGCCAACAGCUCCCGACUGCGCAAGGCCCACGACGCCGUGCUCACCCUCACCCGCCACUGUCCGCCAGGGGGCAGUGUGCUGGGCAGCCUUCGGCGGGCCCAGGAGCAGCGGGAACUGCCCCCUGAUCUCAAUCUGCAGCAGGUAUCCCCACUCUUUGGCACAAUUUACGAUGCAGUCCUCUUACUCGCACAGGGCGUGGCGGGAGCACGUGUGGCUGCAGGUGGUGGCUGGGUGUCAGGAGCCGCUGUGGCCCGCCACGUUCGGAAUGCCCGGGCCCUUGGGUUCUGUGGACUCCUGGGAGGAGCUGAGGAGCCUCCUUUUGUGCUGCUGGACACAAAUGCAGUGGGAGACCGACUGUAUGCUACAUACAUGCUGGACCCAGCCCAGGGCCACCUCCGUUGGUCUGGAACCCCUGUGCAUUUCCCUAGAGGGGGACAAGGGCCUGGGCAUGACCCCUCAUGCUGGUUUGACCCAGACAUCAUCUGCAACGGAGGAGUGGAACUAGGUCUGGUCUUCAUCGGCUUCCUUCUGGUGCUUGGCAUGGGGCUGACAGGGGUCUACCUGGCUCAUCAUGUGAGGCACCGCUUACUUCAUAUUCAAAUGGUCUCAGGCCCUAACAAGAUCAUCCUGACUCUGGACGACAUCACUUUCCUGCCCCCACCAGGAGGAAGCUCUGGAAAGGUGGUCCAGGGGAGUCGAUCAAGUCUCACAGCCCGCAGCAUAUCAGACAUUCGCAGUGGUCCCAACCAGCCCCCCAACAGUUCCAGUAUUGGCCUGUAUGAGGGAGAUUGGGUUUGGCUAAAAAAACUCCCAGGGAGCCAGCACAUAGCGAUCCGCCCAGCAACCAAGACAGCCUUCUCCAAGCUCCGGGAGCUCCGGCACGACAACGUUGCCCUCUACCUGGGGCUCUUCCUGGCGGGGACCGCGACCCAGCCCGGGGCCCCGGGCGACGGAGUGCUGGCUGUGGUCUCUGAGCACUAUGUCCGGGGCUCCCUCCACGACCUCCUGGCUCAGAGAGACAUAAAGCUGGACUGGAUGUUCAAGUCCUCCCUCCUGCUGGACCUCAUCAAGGGCAUGCGGUACCUGCACCACCGCGGCCUGGCCCACGGGAGGCUGAAGUCGCGGAACUGCGUGGUGGACGGGCGGUUCGUGCUUAAAGUCACCGACCACGGCCACGGGCGACUGCUGGAGGCGCAGCGGGUGCUGCCACCGCCCCCCAGAGCCGAGGACCAGCUAUGGACAGCCCCGGAGCUGCUGCGGGACCCUGCCCUGGAGCGCCGGGGGACCCUGGCCGGUGAUGUCUUUAGCCUGGCCAUCAUCAUGCAGGAGGUCGUGUGCCGCAGCGCCCCCUAUGCCAUGCUGGAGCUCACUUCCCAGGAAGUGGUGCAGAGGGUACAGAGCCCACCUCCACUGUGUCGGCCCUUGGUGUCCAUGGACCAGGCCCCCGUCGAAUGCAUCCAGCUGAUGAAGCAGUGCUGGGCAGAGCAACCAGAUAUUCGGCCCUCCAUGGACCGCACCUUUGACCUGUUCAAGAGCAUCAAUAAGGGCCGGAAGAGCAACAUCAUCGACUCCAUGCUGAGGAUGCUGGAGCAGUACUCCAGUAACCUGGAGGACCUCAUCCGGGAGCGCACGGAGGAACUGGAGCUGGAGAAGCAGAAAACAGACCGGCUGCUCACACAGAUGCUGCCUCCGUCCGUGGCUGAGGCUCUGAAGAUGGGGACAUCGGUGGAGCCUGAGUACUUUGAGGAGGUGACACUGUACUUCAGUGACAUUGUGGGCUUCACCACCAUCUCCGCCAUGAGUGAACCCAUCGAGGUGGUAGACCUGCUCAAUGACCUCUAUACACUCUUUGAUGCCAUCAUCGGUUCCCAUGACGUCUACAAGGUGGAGACCAUUGGAGAUGCCUACAUGGUGGCCUCUGGGCUGCCCCAGCGGAACGGGCAACGGCACGCAGCAGAAAUUGCCAACAUGGCCCUAGACAUCCUCAGUGCUGUGGGCUCCUUUCGCAUGCGCCACAUGCCUGAGGUGCCCAUACGCAUCCGCAUUGGCCUGCACUCAGGCCCCUGUGUAGCGGGCGUGGUGGGUCUGACCAUGCCUCGGUACUGCCUUUUUGGGGACACAGUCAACACCGCAUCUCGUAUGGAGUCCACUGGACUGCCCUACCGCAUUCAUGUGAACAUGAGCACCGUGCGGAUUCUCCGUGCUCUGAAUGAAGGCUUCCAGGUGGAGGUGCGAGGUCGAACGGAGCUCAAGGGCAAGGGCACUGAGGAAACCUACUGGCUGGUGGGCAGACGCGGCUUCAACAAACCCAUUCCAGAACCACCUGACCUGAAACCAGGAGCCAGCAAUCACGGCAUCAGCCUGCAGGAAAUCCCCCCAGAUCGGCGCCAGAAGCUGGAGAAGGCCAGGCCUGGCCAGUUUUCGGGAAAGUGACUCCCAGUCCCUACAGGAUGAUUCCAGAAGGUCCUUUUCUUGAAAGUUGCUGCUACAGAGGACCAACAGUCUAGCCGAUACCAGCCUCGGUCCAGUUCUACCUCAGAUGAUCUGUUCUUUUA